AGCCGGACACGCUGGAGACUGGGGCGGCCGGGUCACCGCUGCGCCUGGAAGAUGCCGCCCGCCUUCACAUGAGCCGCCCGGCCCCGCCCGCUGCUCACACCCGGCACAGACUCCGGGCAGGACCGGAGCCAAGAGGUCAAUGUCUCUAUUAGGUCCGGGGCAGGGCGAAUCCUGUCUGGGUGGCCCAUGCAGUGUCUAGCGGCCGUUAUCAAGGACGACGGAAAUAUGAGUGGUGGAGCAGAGCAGGCAGACAUCCUGCCAGUCAGCUACGUGGUGAAGGACCGCUGGAAAGUGCUGAAGAAGAUUGGCGGCGGAGGGUUUGGAGAAAUCUACGAGGCCAUGGACUUGCUGACUCGGGAGAACGUUGCUUUAAAGGUGGAGUCGGCACAACAACCGAAGCAAGUUCUGAAGAUGGAGGUGGCUGUCCUGAAGAAGCUUCAAGGAAAGGAUCAUGUGUGUAGAUUCAUAGGCUGUGGAAGAAACGAGAAGUUCAACUAUGUCGUCAUGCAACUUCAGGGCCGGAACUUGGCAGAUCUGCGCAGGAGUCAGCCCCGCGGCACCUUCACCAUGAGCACCACUCUGCGACUGGGAAAACAGAUCCUUGAGUCUAUAGAUUCCAUUCACUCUGUGGGCUUCCUGCACCGUGACAUCAAACCUUCUAACUUUGCCAUGGGGCGACUCCCCUCCACGUACAGGAAGUGCUUCAUGCUGGACUUCGGUUUGGCACGGCAGUACACCAACACCAACGGGGAGGUCCGGCCGCCUCGAAACGUGGCUGGAUUCCGAGGGACUGUCCGCUACGCUUCCGUCAACGCACACAAGAACAGGGAGAUGGGGCGACACGAUGACCUAUGGUCAUUAUUCUAUAUGCUGGUGGAGUUUGCAGUGGGCCAGCUGCCCUGGAGGAAGAUCAAGGACAAGGAGCAGGUGGGCAUGAUCAAGGAGAAAUACGACCACCGGAUGCUGCUGAAGCACAUGCCAUCAGAAUUCCACCUCUUCCUGGAGCACAUCUCCAAUCUGGACUACUUCACUAAGCCAGACUACCAGAUGAUCAUGACCGUGUUUGAGAAUAGUAUGAAGGAACGUGGAAUUACGGAGAAUGAGGCCUUUGACUGGGAGAAGGGAGGGACUGACAUUUUACUGUCCACCAGUACGUCUACACCUCCACAGCAGAACACACGACAGACGGCCGCCAUGUUUGGAGUCGUUAAUGUGACACCAGUUCCAGGAGACUUACUCCGCGAGAACACUGAAGAUGUCCUGCAGGGAGAGCACCUCAGUGACCAGGAGAAUGCGCCCCCUGUCCUUCCUGGCCGGCCAGCAGACAUCACUGGUCAGGUCCCCAAUGUUGGCUUUAAUGACACUGAGGUUUGGGAGGAGACGGAUGUGAAUCGGAACAAGCUAAGAAUUAGUAUCAGCAAGACACAAUGCCUAAUGGAAGAUGAACAGAGUCGACAUGGUUGUCCUAGUUCUCCCAUCCGGGCUCCUCCAGAGUCUCCCAACACACAGGCCCGUUCCCUACGUUACAGGCGCAUCAACAGCCCUGAAUCAGACCGGCUGUCCACGGCUGAGCGAGCGGAUCUCCCAGAGAGGAGAUCCCGCAUGGACCUGCCAGCAUCGCCUUCACGCCAAGUAUGCUCUUCACAACCAGCUCAGAUGUUGUCCAUUGAUACAGGUCAGGUUGACCGACAAGCCAGUGGCCGUAUGGAGGUUUCAGCGUCUGUAGAGCACGAAGCCCUGAGUAACGCAUUCCGCUCUGUACCACUUGCAGAGGAGGAGGACUUUGACAGCAAGGAAUGGGUUAUCAUUGACAAAGAGACUGAGCUGAAGGACUUCCACCCUGGGGCAGAGCCAACAACCUCAGGCACAACAGAUGAGGAGCCCGAAGAACUUCGACCCUUGGAUGAUGGGGAAGAAAGACGAAAGUCUGGGGGGGCAGAUGCAGCAGUAAGGCCAAAAGUACACGAAGUAAGGCCCCGUGCCAUGCAGACUGUAGCUGAGGAAGAAACAUCCUCCCGAAAUGAGGAGAACAGGGCAGAACUCCCACCGGCCAGUCCAUCCCACUCCCAUUCAGCAUCAGCAACACGACAGCGAAGGAGGGAGUCUGAUCCCACAGGACCUCAGAGACAGGUCCUCAACCUGAAGCACUUUGAUAUUAAUGGGAUGCCCAAGGUGGUGCCUUUAAGCUUGUCUUACCAAGACUUUAAGAAAGACAUCUCAGACAGUAAAGAACUGCUGCGUGUUCCACAUAGGAUGAAGAAAGUGGACUUUUCCAGUGUGGUCUUGCCAGCCAUGCAUGUUUCAGAACCACACAUUAUCAUCAAUGGCAGAUGUCCACGAGAUGAAGAAUCAGAGGAGGAGACGGAAGAAGAGGAGGCUGAGUUUCUGGUGGAGGACUUAGAUCUGCACAGUGGAUCUAGCAGUGAUGUAAGUCAGAAGAGUACAGAGAGGAGUCAAGAAGGAGCUCCUUCCACAUUACUAGCAGAUGACCAGAAGGAUUCCCGAGGAAGAGCCUCCACAGCAGAGAAUGACCUAGAACUAGAGGAAGGCUCAAAGACCUUAGUGCUGUUUUCUCCUGGAGACAUGAAGAAGUCUCCGGUGACUAAUGAACUCAUGCCAGACCUUGAGCAGGGAACGCUUGCUGCAUUGACGCCACAAGGAGAGAAGCUACAACCUACUGGCAGUCAGCUGGAUGUGUCUGAACCAGGUACUUUAUCUUCCAUACUUAAAUCAGAACCAAAACCACUUUGCAUUGCUGCUGCCACCGCUGCCACCUCCACCCCCUUUACCAAAGUCGAGCGCACAUUUGUUCACAUUGCAGAAAAGACACACUUAAAUGUUAUGUCUUCCACUGGACAGCUGAUGAGGUUGGAGGAGCGUCCAGUCCCUGGACAGUUUGAUGAGGCAAUUAUUGAAGAAACUGCGGAGUGUGAUGUGGAGGAAUUCAAGGGUGCUAAUACCUCUGCGGUGGGAAUAGUUGAGAUUGACCCCUAUGCACUAUCGACAAGUCAUGAGGAAAUGGCAGCAGAGGAUCAGCAGGAUCCACAUGCAGCUGAUACAGUAAGCAAAUCUGAACAGCAGCUUGAGAAAGACAUUAGGAAUGAAGUCACCAAGCAGGAAAAGAUUGUUCGUUCCACCGUUCGCCUUAAUGACACCGACUGUGGCACCAGCAAGGCUCUGACCCCGGCUCUUGGGGUACGGUUUAGAAGCCGCAUCCCUGUUAUUCUGUCAGAGGAGGAAACAGGAUCAGAUAGGUCUAUGUCCAGCUCUGCCAAAGAGAGGUUCAAAAAGAGAACAAAGCAACUGGAUCUGGCUCGCUUGGUGAUGGAGAAAAGGCAGAUGCGUCUACAGCGUUUGGCCUCAGCAGGUUCAUCAUCUGCUUCAUCUAGUGAAGACCGGAGAAGAACAUCUGAGACACUGUCUACAACUGGGUCUGAAGAAGACACUCAUGAGCUUGAUGACACUGUCCCCAGAAAAGUUGGCAAGCAUAAACCAUUGUGCAUGAGAAAGGAGGAGUUAACUAAAAGCCGGAUUCCACGUCCGAUCACACCAGUAAAGGAUCUACGGCUGUUGGUUCUGUCAAAGCCAAGUGUCAGCAAAUCAAAAGAAUCUACAGGGGUGCAAAGGUACCAGCCUCCACAGACAGCUGUUGGUGGCACUACUGGGCUCACACCUGACCACAAGCCUAAAGCCUUACAUAUGAGGCUCCCUCCUCUUUCAAGUCCAACCCCUUCUAGAACCAAUGUACGGAGGUUCAGCCGUGGACCACCCAGGAGUCCAGUGGUUCCGGUAAGAACACUCAGUGGAUCUCCACAAAGCCAGUCUCUUUCAAGAACAGAAAGUCCUUCUCCGUCCCGGCAGCGAAGAACAGCUGCUACAACUUCCCGUGCACAACCCAAUCCAAAGCUUCAGCCACGAGCCCAGGUCCCUGGUGAGUGUCCAUCAACGCCCGCUGUUGCAAGAAAGGGACAAAGACUGAAGGUGCAAGUGCCGAAUCUGGCAACCAAAGCAAAGCAGGGAACAAGUGAUGGGAGAAGCAAUGGCAGAUAAUGGCCCCUUUGCACAGGGCCCACACUAGCCUCACUCUAGCUCAGUUAGGGAACAUUACUCUUCAUUCAACCUGUGCUACGCAAUAUACACAGUCCCAGACAAGGAUUG